CCUCUCGACAACAGCAGCAACAUCGGGUCCUCCUCCGUGCAACUUUCUAGGACCACCAAUGCUACCAUCAUUCUAGGCAACAGACUGCGUGAAAUCCAACCGCGCAGCUGAUUGGUCUGGUAUCCCUGGGCAGGUCCCCUCGCUUAUACGCGAUACCAGUAGUCUUCUACUCUGGUAGUAUAUCAUCGUUCUCAUCACACACGACCCAUCGGAACCACUCUGCAGCCCUAUCUGCACGACCGCAUUUCGGACGUAAAAGCGAUCCUGAGGCACAGCAGUUAGUCCGCCCUCGCCCCAGCUAGUCCGCUUGCAGCCAGGUCUCGCCGGGACCCUUGGCUUGACGAACAUAUCAACGCCGAGCCCUGUAGCACCUAUCAUAGAUAUAAAUAUGGGCUGGGAGGACACGGCCGCCCUGCCCAAGGCUGGGCCGGCUACUACCUUCGAAGUCAGGGACGCGAACGGUCCAGUCAACUUCGUAACCCACCCAUCACCGUACCACCACUUGAAGUUGUCGGGAGACGAUAUUAACAUGGCUUCCGAUGGAGCCGACGGGCCCUGGUGGAAUCCGAGGUACUGGCGGAAGAGAACGUGGGCUAUAGUCGUCGGUGUCCUCGUCGCUAUCAUCAUCGUCGCCGUUGUGACCCCGAUCGAGGUCGCCAAGAGGAAUCGUUAUCCGGAUUAUUAUAGGAUCGAUUACGCACUGGCUGACGAAUAUUCCGGGACUACCUUUUUCGACCAGUUUAAUUACUUCGUCGGCUACGACCCCGCGCAAGGGUUCGUCCACUACGUCCCGCGCGAACAGGCGACGCAACUGAACCUCACGUACGCGAGCGCCGACGCGGCAAUCCUACGGGUUGACACGAGCGUGGGGCCGGGAUCGGAGCCGGACGCAUCGACGGGGCGAUUCUCGGUACGGUUGGAAUCAAAGAGGCAGUAUGACACGGGGCUCUUCGUGUUCGACGUUCGACACACGCCGUUCGGGUGUGGGACGUGGCCGGCGCUGUGGCUCGCAGACCCGGUUCACUGGCCGGACAACGGCGAGAUCGAUGUACUCGAGGCGGUCAACCGUGCGGACACGGGGAACCAGAUGACGCUGCACACGACGGCCGGCUGCACGGUGGAUGCGCGACGCAUCAUGACGGGCGAGUCUCUUGCCACAGACUGCCACAACGCUACUGACAACAACGCGGGCUGUGGCGUGCGCGGGCCCGUCGACAGCUAUGGCACCGCGUUCAACGCUGGCGGCGGCGGCGUCGCCGCAGUAGAGUGGCGCGCCGAGGGCAUCCGCAUUUGGCAGUUCCCCCGCGACAGCAUCCCCGCCGAUAUCGCCGCACGCCGCCCCGACCCCAGCGCCUGGGGCUCCGCCUCGGCCGACUUCCCCAACACGAACUGCGACGUCGGCGCGUAUUUCCGCAACCAGAGCAUCAUCGUCAACAUCGACCUAUGUGGGCAGUACGCCGGGUCGGUGUACAGCCAGAGCGGCUGCCCGAGCAACUGCACCGACUUCGUGGCCAACAACCCGCAGGCCUUCACCGACGCGUUCUGGGAGUUGGGCGCAUUCGAGGUAUACCAGCGCGCCUAAACGUGCUUCUUACCGCUGUGGCCCCUUUCUGGAGUCUGAAGGGAGGAGCUCGACGAGAGGGAAAAGGAGGAGGAAGCAUCACGCAGACCAAAAAAAAAAUACCUCUCAGGUUUCUUACUACGGCCAGUCGACGGCCCACUUGUAUAGUGACCUAGUAUAAUAACCCCCUUCCCCGAGCGCACCUAAUUAGCGCCGCCACCGAGUAGGCCAAGCGCGGACUGAGAGAAGAUAUGGCUAGGUAGUCGAGUGUCUGUCUAGUCCCGCGAGUUGGAUCUCGGUCGCGGUACAGCGUACUUACUAGGAGAUACGACGUUGUGGCGUAGUUGCGGAUUUUUGUAUGCACGGGACUGGACGGGAGGGACUGGACGGGAGGGACUGGACGAGAGGGACGGGCGG